AUUCAAUAUACAUCUACGUAUAUUUAUGUAUUAUUAAAUACAAUCCUAUAAUUUUUAUAUAUAUGAUAAUACAUACACUGCACUCGUGGCCCUCUUCUCUUCUCGGCCUCAAAUCACGUGCUGGUUGAUGCUUUUCUGGCUCAGGCUUGUGUUUGUCCAGGGGCUGCUGGUGCUGCUGUGACCACAUCCAUGAUCCAUGCCUGGGGCAUGCCAAGGCUCUAAUCACCUCCACAGUAAUUAGCACAGGGAGUAUCUGCUGUCCACAGUGGCCACGGCCAGAUUUGGCUCCCCACGGCCAGUGCCAGCUGGAGCAACCACCUCCAGCACCAGCUUCAUCUGGCAAAAAGGCUCUAAAGGCACAGGGAGAAAGAAAGGGAGAAGGAAACAAACAGGAGACCCCAGAGCUCAUGGCCUCGCCCUGACACCUCUGUGGGCUCUUCCAGCCUGGAAAAUCGGGAGCUCCUCCCUGGCCCCCAAGCCCUGUGACACCUGCUGGGUGUGUUGCUGUCCCCCUCCUCGCUUCUCUUUUCUUCUCCCCUCCCCUGAAGCCGGAGUUGUUGAAUUCUUCCCCCGCAGGUUCAGGUGGAGGAGGAGCAGUGGGAGGGAGGGACAGCCAGCCCGUCCCACGGGCCUGGCGCCCGGGGAUUGGGGCAGCGGAGGCGCCCGGCCGAGGGCAGGGGCUGAACUGGGAGGAGAAAUAGAUAAACUAUUAAAACAGAAAGGAAAAAAAAGAAAGAAAUUCCAAGCACUGAUCUGGCCGGUCGGGUCGGCUCAAGCAGGAGGCAACGAGCAGGAAGCCUGCGGCUGGGGAAGCUCCAAAGGCCCAGCCCGCCCUGUGGCAGAGGCAGGUGGACUUUGUCCCCCCCGGAAGACACCGCGGGAGAUGCUGGCAGCGCCCGUGCCUGUCAUCUGAGCGCGCCAUGGCAGACCUUUGCAGCGUGCCCCCCGAAAUCCUGGUGCCAGCUGCCAACGAGACACUGGACCUGGUGCUGGGGAGCCAGGUUGAGCUGAACUGCACCGUGCGCUGGGUGGGCACCGAGCACUGCCAGCCCACUCCUACCUGGAGCAAGGACGGGCAGUGGCUGGGCAGUGGGAGCAGCCAGGACACUGUCUGGUCUGGCCAAAACUCCUCGGAGCAGCUCCUGGCCAGUGUCCUGCAGCUCAACCUCACCCAGGAUGCCGAUUUUGGGGUGUUUGCCUGCUGGAUCAGCAAUGCCACGGCCACCUUCACCCUGCGGCGAGCAGAGGCAGUGGGGCACGUGCCAGCGGUGCUGGCAGCCCUCCUGGUCCUGGUGCUCCUGGUGCUCCUGGCUGUGCUCUACGUCCGGUGCCGCCUGAACGCACUCCUCUGGUACCGGGACCGCUACGGAGAGCUGGAGAUCAACGAUGGGAAGCUCUACGAUGCCUACGUCUCCCAUGCCAAUGCCCCCGAUGACCGGAAGUUCAUCCACUUCAUCGUGAAGCCGCAGCUGGAAAACCGCCACGGCUACAAGCUCUUCCUGGACGAGCAGAACAUCCUGCCCAACUCAGAGCCAUCAGCUGACCUCAUCAUGAAUGUCAGCCGCUGCCGGCGCCUCAUCGUGGUGCUCUCCAUUGCGUACCUGGAGCAGGAGUGGUGCAACAGCAGCUUCAGGGAAGGGCUCUGGAGGCUGCUGGAGCUUUCCAGGAAACCCAUCUUCAUCGUCUUUGAGAGCCAGUACCGGGAGAUCACUCACCCCGCCAUCACCCUGCUGAAGCAGCACCGAAGCAUAGUGACCCUGCUAGUGUGGAGAGCCGGCUCCAUGACCCCAUCGUCGGACUUUUGGAAGGAGCUGUGCCUGGCCCUGCCGCGCAAGGUGUCCUUCCCGGGGGGAAGGAGCGUGGGGGACCCGCAGACCCAGCUGCAGGAGGACAAGGACCCCAUGCUGAUCCUGCACAGCAGCUACCUGGACAGCGCGGGAGACCUGGACCCGGACGGGGACCUCGGCACAGGCCUCCGAGGGCGCGUCUUCGGAAGCCCCCCGCCGCCCCGCCUCGGUGGACGCGGCGCUCCCGGCGCUCCAGCCUCCGGCGGGAUGGAGGACGCGCAGCCGCGGGACGGGCAGCGCUCCGAGCUCGACGUCUCGGAUCUGGGGUCGCGCAACUACGGCGCCCGCACGGACUUCUACUGCCUGGUGACAGAGGAUGACAUCUGAGCAGGACCACGGGUGUCCCCCAGCCCUGUGGGGACACAUGAACCAGGUCAGGGCCGAGGAGCCCGGGAGUUAUGAUGGGAUCAGAGCCAGGGCCGUGCUGGGAAAGCAGGAGCUGGCUCCAGAGGAGAGAACUGGAAAACCAUCACCAGGAGCACCCUGCCCGUAAUACCUCAGUGCCACCCCUGGGCGCCACCCAGGGGGCUGGGCUGUGUCCCUUGCCGUGGGUGGCAGGUAUGUUCUUCCUGCAUGAUGGACAAGUGCUGGGAUGGGUGAUGCUCUCUGAGGAACAACGUGCCCCAGCCCCAGGGAGUGCCCGACAGGAGUGGUGGCAGCACCUUUGUCCCAUAUGGAAACCCCCGUGACAAUAAAAGGCGCUGCACCCAC